AUGGAAUUAAGUUGUAAAGGUCGUCCUUGCGCUCGGUGUCACAAGUGUCGUGAUUGGCAUUUUAAAGGUGAUCAAGCAACUUGGAAUUGGAUAUGCAAUUGGGAGAAUUUUACACGGGAAGAUUGGAAUCGUUGGAGCAAUGAUCGUAUUGACGAUCUUUUUGAGAAACGUAGUGGUGCAACAUGUCUUUAUCUUUUUGGUGGUUAUAUUUAUGGUCAUGCGUGCUUAUGUGAGAAGCACUGAGAGUACUUUAAUUUUUUUUUGUGGUGGAAAAAUAUGGAUGUGUAUUUAAUUAUGAAUAAAAUGAAAAUGGGGUGAUUUCAAUUAGUGAUAAUAGUAGGGACAGGGUUGCAGUGGCGGGGAACAGUGCGAGGGUUCGCAGUUUUGGAGACCGAAGGCCCCCAAAACUGCGAAUACGAGCACUGUUGACACUGUUUCUCUACCGUGCGAGGAUUCGGCGUCGAGACGCCGAA